AACGGAGCCGUUUCAAAAUCAAAUCCCGCCGUUUACUACUACUACUAAGAAUGGCUGUCAUUUUCGUAUAUUAAUGGCCAUUAAUUGACUAAAAACAACCACACGAGGAAACAGGAGACGGUAAAGCAGCAAUAAUCGUGAAAGAGAUUAAAUUUCACAUUUUAUUUCAAGUUCCGUGAGGCAGGAUAGAUAAACUCUGCUGACAAGACAAUAUGGCCCUCAGAAAACCAUGGGAUGAGCACUCGGCUAAAGACGUCAUGAUGAAGUUCUCUGACAUGGCAUAUGCUUUGCAUAUGCAAGAUACAUUCCAGGCAGCUGUUAAAAUCCUGUAUGGCCGAGAGUUUGUCAUUAGGAUCGACUUCUCAAAACGUAUGGUGUUCUUUUGCCAAGCUUGUCAGAAGGAGAUGACAGCUGAGAAAGCUAUGUUGGAACACCACAAUUCUGGAAAUCAUCAAAAGAAUCUAAGCAGGGAACCCGUUGUCAAGCAUGGAAGGCGUGUCUCAAGCCAGUUUGAUAAGUAUUGCUCAUGUAUGCUCCAGUAUCAACUUCUGCAACAUUCUGUACCAGCCUUAGGACUGAUGAUGGUUGAGGAGUAUCGGAAACAUUCUAAGCACAAGGAACCAUACUAUAAGUGUAACCUUUGUGGGGUUCAUGGAAGGACAGAAUUAAUGUUGAAGCACCUUGUCGGUGAUAAACACACAGCUAAGUAUAUUGGAACUAGGUGUAAACUGUCAACCUCUGCUCUUACCUUAAUGGAACGAAAAAAUAUUCACCGUCAGUUACUUGAUUUCGAGGGUCUCAACUGUAGCCUGAUCAAAAGGAUUAUAGGUUACAAGUACUUUCCAGACAAAUGGAUAGCAAAAGAUAAAGCCAUGUCAGGUGGGAGAAAUUGCAAAAUGUUAACAGAAGAUGUCAGAUGUCGUUCCAGGUCUUCUUCACCCGUCCCUGGUGCAAGCACCCAUCGUUCAAGAUCUUCCGGCUAUAGUCCGAUAAGAAGUCAGUCACCUGACCAGGAUCAGGAUAAGUGGAACACAACUAUAGAGCUGGAUCCUCAAAGUCCAUCAUCUGAAAGGAAAAGAAAAAGACGAUCUUCCGCAUCUCCAGAGCUUGCCAAAUAUCGAAACAGGAGCCCUUCUCCUGUUAUUAUUGCUAGCAGUUUUUGGGCAAACGAUAAGAGUGUGCAGGUGCACACUGGAGAGGAAAUUGCUGUGAGGCUGAAUUUUGUGGUAAAAACUAUGAAUAUGCCUGAUUCAGCGUUGGUUACAAAAGAUGAUGUCGAGACUUCCAUUAACCAUAUGUUUGCUAUAUCCCAUGUACUCCACAAGUGGGAACUUGCACAGAAACCUGGACCUACAAGGGACAGGCGAAUUUCAGUACUAGAAAAAAUUAUGGGACAGAUCAAGUUCAGAUUGAUGCCAGUAGCCAAUAACAUGCAGUACUGCUGGGAAGAGAAGACGCAGAGGAGAUAAGCGCAGAGGAGAUAAGAGCCAGGACAAAUGAUUAUAAGGGUAGCAGUAAAGGGAAACGUAGAUGUGUAUAAGGGUUUUGAAAUUACAGAUAUUUCAAACACAUGUUUGAAAUAUCUGUAAUUUCAAAACCUUUGGUGCCAAAAUUGCAAGUGGUAAUCUGUUAGGCCAGUUUACAGUUCAUUAUCAAGUUUCUGUUUGUUAAUUCACUUCGUCCUCUCUAGUUUGGCAUGAUGUAGGGGAUUCUAACCUUUCACUGAUAUUUUGGUAUUCACAAUGGUAAAUUUUAUUUAUACAUUAGUUGAAGAUGUAUUUUUCUGCCUGACAGACUAAGACCCUCUUUUGUAUUUCACAGUAAUUAUGCAAGAUUGCUCUAAAGAUCACCCCCUGGAUUUCAAAUUGCCUGAUGUUUGUAAAGUACUUGACAAAAUAUUAGGCCGCUUGACAUCUUGUCGAAUUUUGAAGGAAUGUUAAAGUUGUGAAGAAAUUUUGUCAGUGCAAUAGGCAGCCUACAGCACGUACAGAAACGGGUGGAGCUUGGACACUGACAAGGGGAGAGUGUACAGUCACUUGCUUGGAGGUUUAAUAAGCAGCUGUACGGACAUAUAUUUUUGGUCAGAGCUCCCACCACAAUUGUUGCCUACUACGUAUCACUUUAUUGCCCCGUGACCUUAAUAUGGGCCAAGACGGUGAUUUGAUAAUUGCAGAUAUGUCGUUGAAGCAAUCUGACAUUAGAACAAAGCAGAUAUCGGAUCAGCUGGUUGUGAGGAGGCAUUCAGUUAGAUGCUGGGUUGCCAGAUUUAAUGAAGGUGGCAACCAUGAAAUUCCAUCUCAGAAAAAGCCCCCUGGUAUGCCAAAGAAGACUUCUGAUCAAAGUUUGACUGUUCUCAAGCAUCAAACUUUGAUCAGAGGUCUUAUAACUGAAUGCCUCCUCACAACCAACUGAUCUGAUACGUGCUUUGUUCUAUGCCAGAUUGCCUCAAUGACAUAUCUCUGCUUUUAUCUGUUGACUCAAGUCACCAUCUUGGCCCAUAUUAAGGUCACAGGGGGCAAUAAAGUGAUACGUAGUAGGCAAAAAUUGCAGUGGAAGCGCUGACCAAAAAUAUAAAGCCGCUUAUUAAACCGCCAAGCAAGUGACUGAGCGCUCUCUCCUUAUCAGUGUCCAAGCUCCACUCAUUUCUCUACAUGCUGUAGGCUGCCUAGUGCACCGACAAAAUUUCUUCCCAACUUUUCUGUUCUCUCAAAACUUUACAAGUAUUAGGCCGCUUGAUGCAAAGCAGCCUAAUAUCUUGUCGAGUACUGUAUAGUUGAAUGGAGGACCAAGCCAUCUUAUAGAAUGUAUUGGAAGGACAGAGUUUUUAUUAUGCUUAUUUUUUUAUUAUUAUUAUUAUUAUUAUCAAGGCAUGUCUGUUAAGCUUGACAUUCUGAAAGCUUUUUUUUUUAAUGAAAGAAAAGCACUUCAUCAGUAGGCCUAUUCUUUUUAGCUGUAUAAGAUAUUAAUAACCAGUGCAAUAAUUUUGUGAGGGAGCAGCUUAUUUUUACAUGUAUUGAACCCACAGUGAUGCUUGUGUGAUUCAUAUACACACCUUUUUAUUCAAUAAUAAUAGGAAUGUGAUUGUUUUGUGGAAAAAUCUAGUCUAGUGCACUUUCCUACAUAAAAGAGAUGCCAAGACUAUGUUACACUAGAUCAAUGUCUUUAUUUUGAUAGUAUUUAUUUUUGAGGAAGAAGACAGUUAUUUCAGUAAUUAUCACGACUAAGUAUGUAGUGUAAAAUCUAGAAUCAUCUAUUUAAAGUAUUACUUCAUUUGUGUGUAGUCUCAUUUCAGUUGGUCAUAUGCAUUAAAAAUUUAUUACUUUAGUGAUUUUUAGUUUUCAUUGUAUUGAGUGUGUGGAUGCUUUAGGUAUUUGUCACCAUGCACAAAAGAUUGAAAGCUUCAUUAAUACUAACAUUCUUAUUUUUAUGUAAACAGGGACAAAGAUUCUUGUCUUGUGGUAAAAAAUUUAUCUCAAAAUCCUUUUCCCUGAGUGGGGUGCAACAAAGCAACUUGGCCCAGCUGCAUUGCUUUCUGCCUUCUACUUCUGAACUGUUUCCUUUGGUUUCUUCUUACCCACCUGUUCAUCAUCUCUAUGUAUAGUUCAUAUCUAUCAACAGACACUUGAAUGCCUCUAUAACAUUUUUUCAACUCAUGAACAAGUUGAUUAAAGUGUACUGAAAAUAUUGAAAAUCGCCUUAGUUAUAUAAAUUAUGAUUGUUGAACAAGAUUUGGUGCUAUAAUUCAUGUAUAUUGUACAAUAUUCAAACUUUUAUAAAUGUCUAUAUUUUUUUAUACAGUAUUUUUUAUACAGUAUUUACAUCACUUUGAGGAAAAUAAAAAG